AUGAAUAACCGAGGAGACAACAACACUUUUAUAAUCUAUGAUGGAAUAUUUAACACUUAUCGUGCUGUCUGCGUUUUCCUUAAUUAUUAUACAAACGCGCCAAAACCACGAGCACGAACAGAAUCAGAAAAGUAUUACCUCUCAGCACAUUUAGAAAAACGACUACCAUUACCAGAAUUAUCAGAUGAACCCAGUUACAAUUUAUCAGUUGUAGUUCCUGCCUAUAAUGAAACUGAACGAAUGCCUUCAAUGUUACGCGAAACCGUUGAUUAUCUGGAAAACAGAAGACUUAAAGAUCCAAGCUUCAAAUAUGAGAUCAUAAUAGUUGAUGACGGGAGUACUGAUGGUACAUCCAAAAUAGCAUUAAAGUAUGGAAAGGAUAAUCCACACGUAGAUUUGAAAGUUUUGACUUUGGAAAAGAACAGAAAGAAAGGUGGGAAAACUAUACUUUUUGCGGAUGCGGAUGGGGCUACAAAGUUUUCUGAUCAUGAAAUUUUGGAAAAAAGAUUAUUCGAAGUUAUAGACAAAAAUGAAUUUGGUGUUGCUGUCGGAUCAAGAGCACAUUUGGUGAAUACUGAAGUUGUCGUAAAGCGAUCAUUGAUCCGAAAUUUUCUUAUGCAUUCUUUUCAUAAAGUAUUAUAUAUAUUAGGUAUUCGUGCGAUAAAAGAUACACAGUGUGGAUUCAAGUUAUUUACUCGUAAAUCAGCUUCAUAUAUAUUUCAUAAUAUGCAUGUGGAAGGUUGGAUUUUUGAUAUUGAAGUUCUCCUUAUUGCUCAAUAUUUUAAUAUGCCGAUUGUUGAGGUUCCAGUAACUUGGCAUGAAAUUGAUGGCUCUAAAGUGUCAUUGAUUAAGGAUUCAAUCAAAAUGGCAAUGGAUUUAUUAACUAUUCGAUUAUGUUAUAUUACUCGUUACUGGAAUAUUUGUGAACCACUACCGAGAUUAAAGCGUGAUUGA